UUAGUCAUUUGUUUCGAUUAUCUCAGCAAGGCCAAUUUUCUUCUACGAAAAUCUCUAAUUUUUAGCUUUAUUUAAUUACCUAUCUGUGAAUUUAUUGUUUGGGGAAAAGAAACUGAUCAUUCUAAGUGAUACCGUUAAGGAAUUUAAUCUGUACGAUCAAGAAAAGAAGCAAAAAUCACAAAAGAAAAAUUCUCUCAAAAAGGCUCUCUCCAGAGACUUCUUCCACAAAAUGGAUUCGCAGCACAAAUCAAUUCUCAUUCUAAACCACGACUGUCUUCUGAGUAUUUUUUCUUACCUCGAUAUUCGCGAAGUGAUUACAAUGGAGGAGGUUUGUACGAAGUUUCGUACUAUUGCUGAAAUGUCUUACCCAUCUUUCCGGGAGUUGAACUACGACGAACUCGCUGAGGCGGAGGAUGAACCAAUUCCACUACAAUUGGCAAAGCAGAUUGCUAAGCGCGUUGGACCCUACGCUCGCGUCUUGGUUGUGUCUAAAUCAUCAUUCCGUAUGAAAGGCAAUGCAAUUCCUCUGUCCGUUUUGAAUUACUUCACUAACUUGGAGGGCAUUCAGUUUACUGAAUUUGACAUUCUCACCAGGCCAUCCCUUAAAAGGUUUACCGAAAUUUUCAAGACAAUUCAGCAUGUAAGUUUGGAGAGAUGCAACUACACCGAUAGCAUUGGAAUGUGCUUCACCAACGCCACACAACUUGAAUUCCUUCAAUUGAACGGAAACAAGAAUCUUACCGGCGUGUGCCUUCAGAGCCUGAGGGGGCUGACGAAGCUGAAGCAUGUUGAUUUGAGUGAAUGUGCUUCACUGGAACCCGGAUACUUUGCUGAAUUCUGCAGGAAUAAUCCACAACUUCAAUCACUCAGCAUCGUCGGUUGCGAUACACUCAAUGAGUCAUCUUUGAGCACGAUUGCAACCAUCGUACUUAACGUGAAUGCUCUGGGGAUCUCCGACCACUACCACGGAGCCAAUGAUUCCAGCUUUGAAAAACUUGCAAAUCUGCCAAAACUCACCAAGAUUGACGUGAAGUACAGCUUCCCGAGAGAUUACGAUAAUUUGCGUUUGUUCUGGGCUAAAAUGCAUCAUCGCUUGGAAUGGAUAAUGAUCAUUAGUCAUCUCAAGGUGUUCCGAAAGGACUUCUACGAGAGCACCCUGAAGGAGCUGCGAUACUUCACGAAACUUGAGGCAUUGAAGCUGUAUCACAUGAACAAUUGCAACGAUUCAACAUUGGCUACACUCUCCUGCAACAACACACUGAAGAAGCUCUGUGUUGUUGAUUGCUGCAGCGUCUCUCCACGUGGCUUGAGGGAAUUUAUCAUGAAAUGUCCAUCAUUGGAUUACAUCAACUUGUCACAAAACCCUCAAUAUGGAGAUGAAUUCCUUAUUGAUCUCGAAAUUCAUCUCAAGGAUCGUCCGGGUCUCCUCGAGCUUUGUGUUAAUGAUACACCAAUUCACGAAUACAUCAAGAGCGACAGCAAGAGGGCUUUCAUUGCACAGUUCUAUUUUAACAAUAAGGGGCGGAUUGAACUUUCGUGGCAUCCACCAUCAUCGCGUGAACCACCUGUAUCCAUUGUACCCCAAGUCCUCAGAAUGUUUGAAAUGGAAUUAAAUGAAUGUAGUGUCUGUUAAAGAGAGACAAAAAGAUGAAGAAGUAACGGCAAAACGGACAAAACUAUGAAUUCCAGAAGACCACUAAACUUCCUUUUAUUACUAUUUAAUUAAUUAACUUUUCCGACUUUUCCUAUAUUUUAAUAUCAAAUCUAGAGAGCUAAACUUUUAAACUUUGUGAACAAAAAAGAAAUGUAAAUGAAUUAGAAAUAACUGAAUUUGAUUCUUUGUGGAA